AGUGUGAAGUUCGAUGUUUUAAAAAACAGUUGUCAGGGUUUUGGAAGUACUAGUUUUAAUAAGGUAGUAGUUGAGUUUGUCUCCUGGAAUGUCUUUCGAGGUAGCUAGUUAAAUAAACGAGACCCCGGAAGUAGAGACGUGAGAGGAGGGUCACGGAGUAGUACUAGAAUGGAUGAGCUCCUGGUUGAGACGGGCACUGAUGGCCCGAGAAAUGGAGGAGCGGUGAGUGAGAUGAAGAAGGUGAGUUACAUAGCAAUGCCUAUGAUAGUCACCACUGUUUCUCAGAACAUGGUGAGGGUCAUUUCUAUGAUGAUGAUUGGGCACCUCGGGGAGCUCUCGCUUUCGGGUGCUGCCAUUGCUACUUCUCUCACGAACGUCACGGGCUUCAGUCUUCUGUUUGGAAUGGCAAGUGCUCUGGAAACACUAUGUGGUCAAGCUUAUGGAGCGCGGCAAUACCAUAUGAUAGGAACCUAUACCUAUGGAGCCAUCAUAUCUCUCCUUUUAGUUUGUGUACCGAUAUCUAUUCUAUGGAUCUUCACAGAAGAAUUUCUUGUAAUGAUCGGUCAAGACCCUUCAAUUUCACACGAAGCUGGCAUUUACUCAAUUUGGCUGAUCCCCGCGCUAUUUCCCUUUGCAAUUCUCCAAUUGCUGGUCCGGUACUUGCUGACCCAAAGUUUGUUAUAUCCAAUGCUUUUAAGCUCGGUUGCUGCUCUACUAUUCCACAUACCUCUAUCUUGGGUGUUAAUAUACAAGUUUGAAUUUGGAAGUGGCGGAGCAGCGUUAGGCAUUGGUUUGUCGUACUGGCUUAAUGUGAUCCUGCUCUGGGGUUAUGUGAAGUUCACACCAUCAUGUGAAAAGACCAGGAUCUUGUUCUCCAAGGAUGUCUUUCCAAGCAUCAGAGAAUUCUUCCGAUUUGGCAUCCCUUCUGCUGUCAUGAUAUGUCUUGAGUGGUGGUCAUAUGAGCUUGUUAUAUUGCUCUCCGGCCUUUUGCCAGAUCCUCAACUUGAGACUUCAGUGCUGUCUAUAUGUCUUACGAUUGCUGCACUGCACUACUACAUCCCAUAUUCUUUCGGUGCUGGUGCAAGCACACGGGUCUCGAAUGAAUUAGGUGCAGGGCAUCCAGAGGCAGCUAAACUGGCUGCCUGGGUUGCAACAUUUCUUGCAGCUAUAGAGGUAGUCAUAGCAAGCACAAUUCUCUUCAGCUGCAGGUCUAUAGUGGGAUAUGCUUUUGGGGAAGAGAAAGAAAUCGCGAAUUAUGUCAGAGAAAUGACUCCUCUGCUAAGUCUUUGCCUUGUGGUGGACUGCUUCCAAGCAAUGUUUUGUGGUGUGGCCAGAGGGACCGGGUGGCAGCAUCUAGGAGCCUAUGUGAACCUCGGAGCAUAUUACGUGGGUGGAAUUCCUAUUGCAUGCAUGUUGGCUUUCGUUUUCAAUUGGAGAGGGAAGGGGCUCUGGAUCGGUUUAACAAUUGGAUCAUUGCUGCAAACUUGCAUGCUAAUGAUGAUCACAUUCUUCACCGAUUGGAAGAAGCAGGCAAGAGAAGCAAGGGAGAGGCUAUUUGAGGGGAGAUCUCAGCUAACAAUCGAAUGAGCUAAGAUGAAUAAUAAGUUUUCUGAUAAGAAGUUUUGACCGAACUAAUAUUUGGAAGUUGAACUAUAAUGCUUCCAUAGAUGUUUAUGAUAUAAUGCAAAUUUAUAAUUAGAUGAUUGAACGUGAUGCAUGAGGUGACAAUGGUCAUAAACAGGUGAGAUCCAGUUUCAAACUUUAACGAUGAAUGAACAAUGUAGUUAAUGUUAUUAAUGCAAAAUAGACUGCAAUUCUUAUUAA